UUCAACGAGCACAAGCUAUCUCGGCACGCUGGAACGACACGUGCCUUUCCUUGCCCUCUAUUUCCCCUACCCCCUUUCCCCCGCUGUGGUAUAAAAUGCCCAGCGCAAUAAACAUAAGGGUUGACUGUUGUCUUGAAACGCCUGCUGUUGGUUUCUUCGACCGGGACCCGGUCGAUACAUGGUGUCAGAAGUGGGAUGCUGAAGCCCUGCAUGCCUGCAACAGAAGACCAAGGACAUGGAGUACGUAAAGCCACCGGAACCUCUGGGCCUGGCGACCAACGGAGGACGGACGUGGAAGCUGUUCAGGCAAAAGUUUGAUUUCUUUUUGGCAGCCACGGAAUGCUCUGAAAAACCGAGGUCAGAGGCAGCGAAGACAGCACUUUUCUUCAGCGUGGCUGGUGAGGAGGCCCUCGAAGUUUACAAUAACUUCACGUUCAGCGAAGGCGAGGACAAGCAAGACUAUGCGACUGUCAUAGCUAAACUUGAGGAAUACUACGUCGAGCAACAAAACACAAUUCACGAGCGUUACGUCUUCCGCUCUCGACUCCAGAACGGAGCUGAACCUUUUGAACAGUUCCUUCGCGCGCUGAAGAGACAAGCACAGCUCUGCAACUUCGGAACGAUGAUGGACGAGAUGGUGCGGGACCAAAUUGUAUUUGGGACUAACUCCCAGAAGCUUCGAGAGAAGAUGCUAAUGGACAAGUUGCUUACCCUGGAUAAAGCUGUUGUUCUAUGCAAGGCGGCGGAAACGUCAGCACGCGAGAACGCGCUGUGGAAGAAGGCAGACGGGGAACUUCACGUGCUUGCAGCAUCGUCGAGCCGAAGCGCUGCGCAAGGACCACGGCAAGUCUUUAAAUGUUUCCGCUGCAGUCGAACACAUGCAGCACGACGCUGUCCAGCCUACGGCAAAACAUGCUACUUGUGCAAGGGGCGUAACCAUUUCGCAUCAUGCUGCGAAACUAGAGACACCGUCCGUGAGGUACAGCACGAUUUGAAGACUCUGGACCAAAACGACGAUUUCAAUGUGCUGGACGUCGCCAUCGGUAAUAUUAUCAGUGACCGGGACUGGAUCAUGACGGCAAAUGUUGAAGGCAAGGACAUCAACUUCAAGAUCGACACAGGGUCUCAAGCAAACCUUAUACCACUGUCGCUUUUUCGAAAAUUGAAAGCCGGUUCGCUGAAGACAAGUCACGCAGUUCUACGGUCGUAUAGUGGCAGCGUCAUCAAACAGCUCGGCAAAUUUUCGACGCACGUUACCAUUGGUGACCGCAAGAUAUACACUGACUUUUUCGUUGUUAAGAAAGACCACAGCGCCCUCCUUGGUCUAAAAGCCUCAGAGGACUUGGGGCUUAUAAAGCGGAAUAUUGAUGCUGUAACAACGAGCAGCAGCUCAGCGGUCGUCGAGGGAUUUCCGCAGCUCUUUAAGGGAACAGGCCGUGUACAGCGCGAGUACAGGAUCACCCUUCGCGAGGAUGCUGUGCCCGUCAUCCAGCCAGCCAGACGAGUGCCUUUGGCGCUCCGAGAACCUCUCCGUGCGGAACUACAGCGAAUGGAAGCGGAGGGCAUCAUCGAAAAAGUCAGCAGUCCGACAGAUUGGAUGGUGGUGGCAGACAUGCUUUCCCGGGCACCUGCUCCUCAAGAUGGCACAGCCUCGCCCACAAGUGACGUCGAAGUUCACGGAGUCACCGUAGUAUCGGCACUCAGCAAGUCCACUGGAGGAUGGCCGCUCACCAGGGGAGCUGCUGCAAGGAAGACGUCUGCGCACACCCAUACCGGACUUCGGACCCCUUGCAGCCACGCGAGUCAGAAAGCACAAGCAGGGCAAGCACAACAGGCGCGCACUUCCUGGCCUCAAGAGCAACGACGUCGUUCGCAUAAAAGGGACGGCAUGGGCACGAAAAGCCAAAGUGCUCGGAUCAGUCGGAUCACGUUCCUUCGAUGUGGAAACGCAGGACCGCAACAUCCUACGCCGUAAUCGGCAGCACCUCCUGGCAACGAGCGAACCUUUUGAGGACACUACAGACGAAGAGUAUUCCCAUGAAGGCCAGCUUCCGGCCUCUCUAGAAUCUCGCACAUCCGACUCAAGUUGCACGCAGCCACCUUCGCAACAAGUUAGUUGCACGCAGCCACCUUCGCAACAAGUUAGUUGCACGCAGCCACCUUCGCAACAAGUUAGUUGCACGCAGCCACCUUCGCAACAAGUUCUGCCACAACGAAGGUCGCUGCGUCACACCCGUCCUCCUGAACGUCUGGGAUACGAUCAAAACUUCCAGCAGACAAACCAACGGCGUUGAAGGGGAAGAUGUAUCGUAUCAGUUCAACGAGCACAAGCUAUCUCGGCACGCUGGAACGACACGUGCCUUUCCUUGCCCUCUAUUUCCCCUACCCCCUUUCCCCCGCUGUGGUAUAAAAUGCCCAGCGCAAUAAACAUAAGGGUUGACUGUUGUCUUGAAA